CCGCUGUAGAGGCAGUGUCAGAUGGUACUCACAAGAAUCGCGUCGCUUGGCGAGCAGCCUCAUUGAUCGGGAUAUGGCUGCAGUACCAAGUGGCGAGAAGCUGGUGUGGCAUCCACGGUCCUGGUAUCUCUCGUCGAACCCCCAUGCCUAAUGUCGCGAAAAACUAAAACUCAUUUUUCUGGCUUGCAGUCGCCGCGUUCUGCAAAUCUUCACCUGCCGUCCUGUUCGGUCAUCUGCCAUCGAUUGGUAUGACACAUCCCUUCUGGACUGUACAUGUGAUGAUCAUGCAACAGAUAUGACCCACCCCAUAGAUCGAAAACAAGCUACCUACUUAUCCGGACAUUCUUGGCAAUACAAAGGGGAACCAUCGGUCCUACGCCUUGCAAUUUGGCGUCGGAAAAGUGGGUAUCAGCGCGAUGAAACGAGAUUUUCAACGAUGCACUUCUACAACUCCAAUCCAUCGAAGAUACACACUCCUAGCUGCACCGAGAUGGGAGUCCAGCACUUGUGGUGCGAUCAAACAGGCCCCUAAGCAUCCAGAUCCGGAUUUAAUGUUGACAGAACAUACUUUCUACACAUGAAAUACGACAAGUCACUGCUCGUGUGAAUGACCGUCUCUCUACUCUCUGUACCGACUUGACCGGUCACGCGACUUCGCAAGACCGCACUUCACUUGGCUCGGUUGGCACUUCUGAAGCGAGCGCAGAUGGACUAUGUAAGAUUCCAAUCGAUUGGUGCUACUGAUGCUUGAUGUAGGCGGCAUCACAUCUAACGUGCAUAAUGGGGUCCGUGCCAACUGGUUGUUGGGCCUAAGCGGCACGCGCACACCUGUAUGACUGGAGAUCUGGUUGGUUGCGGGCGCUACAACAAUUUCGAGGUGGCUCGAAGCUCAAAAGCCACCGAACAUGGCCGAAUCUGGUAACAGGUACACAGAUACCAGGACAGAAGCGGUUCAGCUGCAUCGUGCAAUAACCUGGUUCCC